CAGUUCUCUGGUCGCUUCUACGAGAUGAGCGAGCUCGACCUCGAUAAUCAUGACGACGAAGACGAAGACCUCGAGCGGUUCCGCAGGUUCCAGCAGCUGGAUCGACGGGAGCUGCAGCGGUGGCAACAGCGAAUCAGCAUUGCACAGCGGCUCGGAGUGCAAGAUACCUUUGCAAGCAACAUACCGCCGCAGAUUAGCGAACGCCUUCACCCCGCGCCACCACCCGUCGAGGAGACGCGCGAUGAGAGGCGUGCCUGGGGAGCUUUGGACCGAGCUCGAGAGGCCGAGGCCUCCAGUCCCCGCAAUCGCAAGAGAAAGGCUCGGUCUGUGACAGCCUCGCCUACUGAGCAACCCGCUCAAGAACCCGAGCGGAAGCUCAAGCGUCCUCGAACCCGACGGCUGCCAACGCACGGCGAAGGCUCUGCAGCGACUGCACUCCCAACAGCCGCCGGUCCGUCUUCGGCAAGACUGCCCAACGGAACUUCUUCGAGAAGCAACAAUGUCAGCAGCGCCAGCCGAGGAGAUGAUAGUGAGCCGACCCUGGUCGUGUCUUCUUUGCUCAAAGAGCUGGAGCCCAAUAUUCACUCCGAAGAUGAGGCAUCCGGCGUGGCCUCUGGUUGGCGCCCUUUCCACGAGGCAUCAUCGCCAGCCCUCUCCCCAUCACCCUCCGCAUUCAGCAGCCCCCGGGCUCUUUCAUUAACACCACCUCCAUUGCCCAAUCUUAACGGACGCCCAUCAUCACCAACCUUGUCUCUCAGCACGCACAUCGAACCGGUAUACCCGCCCGCUAAUUACUCCCCCACCCGGUUUAGCAGCAGCGACCACAGCGACUCCGAAGCGCCUCCCGCCAAGCCGGAGCCUCGCAACGGCGGCCGACCCGAGAACAGACUCGAGAGUCGACCCCUUGAGCUUCGCCAGCCUCGGCCUCGGCGCGCCCACGAGAUGUCGCCCGAGUCCAGUCCGACGCGCGGUGGCGAUGAGAGCUCGAUGAGACACACAAUGACGACGGAGGAGAAGAAGAGCGUCAAUGACAUUGUCCGCAACGCCCUGAGGCCGCACUGGCGGGCCCAGAAGUUGACGGUAGAACAAUAUGCGACAAUCAACCGUGACAUCUCACGAAAGCUUUACGACGAGGUGAAGGACGCGUCCUCACUCGAUGACGAAUCUCGACGACAAACCUGGGAGAGGAGGGUCACCCAGGAGGUGGCCCGAGCAAUCUCCGA